CGGCGGCCACAGCAGAGGCAACGCAAUUCUCUUGGUCCCGGCCUCUUUCUCCUGAGCGGGGCAGAAUUUUUUUUUUUCCAGUUUGUUGCGCGAUGAAAUCUUCAUGCCGGGCUCUGCUGGCAUGCCUCGUUACCUGCAUUUUCUACUGAGCCGACGUGGCCACAGGAACACGCGGCAGGCCACUCCCACGCUGCACGGUUCCCGUGGGAGAGGAUGAACUCCACGGGCACCGACCUGGUGUUCCUUCUCGACCGGUCCGGGAGCGUAGGUCAUGAGGGCUUCGAGACGGAGCUGACGUUCGUCGACAACUUCGUCAACUACUUUGAGGUGAUGCCCAACGCUACGCGGGUCGCGAUCGUCUCCUUCAGCGACACAGUCGUCGUGCAUGCCGACUUCAUCAAGGAGCCCGGCAACAAGUGUCAACUUUCGAGACUAAAGCAAAGCGCAAUCAACAUCGCCGACUAUCACGGCACCAACACGGGCGCCGGUCUCCGGAAGGUUCGGAGGAUAUUCAAAAACAGCCGCGAGCACGUGCACAAGGUGCUGGUCCUGGUGACGGAUGGUCUGCCGACGGUGGGGCCGGAUCCUGUGGUAGAGGCGAACAAGCUCAAGGAUGCAGGCGUCGAGAUAUUCGUGUUCGCCAUUGGAAGACUCCUCAUCAGGCGAGUUCUAGGAGAGUUGGCAUCGUCCGGGGACCACCUCUUCGAGUGCGAUGACGUCGUUCACUUCCGGAGGAGCUUUGAUCCGGAUGGCUCAAGAGACCGGUGGAGAGCGUCGGAGAGCCCGCGAAACUGCGACCAUCUCUGCAACAGCCCGUACCGCGGGCAGCCGGACGACCCGGGUUGCUGCAGAAGGAACGCCGUCUGCGGCUGUGACCUCUCCACGGGCGCGAGCGCCUGCCUCUGUGGACCGGGGUUCUACGGGGAUGGUGUCCGUGGCGAAUGCACGCCGUGCAAACCGAACACCUACAAAGAGACCUACUAUGAGGGCAGUUGUCAGCAUUGUCCGGAUCACAGCGAGAUAAAAAAUGAGGGCAGCCGCUCACUCAAGGAUUGCAGAUGCAAAGUUGGCUACAUGGGAGAUCCAGCCAGCGGAAAGCCCUGUGUCCCCGUCACCUGCCCUCCACUCCAGGCUCCAGAGCAUGGCCGACUGGAGGGGCCGUGCUACACUUCGUACGAGAGCGUGUGCUUGCUUACGUGCGAUCCGGAGUAUGAGCUGAUGGGCGGCGAGGAUGGCGUCGACAGCCGGACCUGCCAGGGCGAUGGCACCUGGAGCGGAAACACGACCGUGUGUCUAGAGAAACAGUGUGACAGGCCUCCCGUGCCAGAUAACGGCUUUUAUAGCGGCUGUGACGGGCCCUGGAAGCUGAAUGACACCUGUUUAUUCCACUGCAAGACGGGCCACAACCUCGAGGGUUCGAGAACCAGGACAUGCACGGAGUGGGGAUGGUCGGGCGAUGAUUUCACCUGCGAAGCGGUGCAGUGCCCACCUCCACGCCAGAUACCAAACGCGGUACCUGCCGGUCACCUUAGGGGAAGAAAGGCCUACACCUACGGCGAGCACUUCCUGGUGACAUGUCUCGAAGGCUUCGAGCGACGCGGCCCUGCAGUCCUGCUAUGCGGCGACAUGGGCCACUGGGUCACCGGUGUCCACGAGAACCCGGAUGAUGCAAGGUGUGACGAUGUCGAGAAGCCCCGGAUAACUUGUCCUAGGGACAUCAAGCUUGCUGCUGAUCCGGGAAAAGAUUCUGCGAGUGUAUCGUGGCCGGAACCGACGUACUCCGACAACGACAAAAGCAGGAGGCCGUUGUUGACGCCCCCGUACCAGACCGGAGCGCGACGUUUUGGCAUAGGCACCCACGAGAUUACGUACACGGCCACCGACGGCGUUGGAUUAAGUGACACUUGCACGUUCAUCAUUACCGUGCUUGACGAAGAAAGGCCUCAAGUCAGACGAUGUCCCUACGACAUAGACCUCAACACGACAGAAAAUGAAGUUCCAGUCUUGUGGGAAGAGCCACUCUUCGCUGACAACUCCGGCAAUCUGACUAUCGAAGAACCGGUGCGAAAAUCUGGUUCCAUGUUCGGGCUGGGAACUCACAGAAUCACUUACACAGCACGGGAUGGGAGCAGAAAUUACGCGACCUGCGUCUUUCAUGUGAAUGUGUGGCGCAGCCAGUGCUCGUUCCACCCUGCGCCGCUUAAUGGCGCGCUGGCGUGCGACGACCAGUACUACGGCCAAUUCUGCCAGCCUUUCUGCAACGACCGCUUCGAGUUCCUCAGUGAGCCGGCAGACGCGUACAUCUGCGACAACAGCCUACAAUGGAAGACUAUGCCCCCGAACAUGACUGUACCAUGGCCGGACUGUGCCGCGAAAUCAUCACCCACGCAGGCAAAAAAGUUGUACCGCGCCUACUACUACUACUCCGGAGACUGCGGGGAAGCCAGCGUACAGAAUACCAUCAGGAAGGCCUUCAUCAAGAACUUCGAGGUGGUGAAGAACAGAACUUCGAUUUGCGCCUCCGAGGACGCUUGCCAGAUUAACACCGUGGGCGUGACGUGCGGCAAAUUGGUGGAGCCCAACUCGUACAAAGCGGCGGACGGCAGUGACGGCAACCCACGCACGAGGUUUGCGAGAAGUGCGGUCCGGGAAGCCGCCGGAAACACCUCCAUUGCAGCGGUUGACGCCCAAUUCGUCCUCAAUGUUGGCACGAGUAAUGCAGAUGCGUUUGGAAACGAAACGCAAGGCCUCUCCGCAGCAGUGGACAGAAUUUUGGACGUCAUCGGCGAAAUCGAUCCAUCCAUACUGAACGAAGUCGGCGACGAGGAACGCCUGACUCUGGAAAUGCGCCUGAAAGAUUACUACGCAAACGACUUCGCCAUCGUCUGUGCAGACGGAGAAGCACUGAACAGCGAUGGAGACUGCGUCAAGUGUCCCAAAGGAUCCUAUCACGACCGCACAGCAGCAUCGUGUUCUCCCUGUCCAAUGGGGACUUACCAGGACCGAGACGGCGCAGUCUCCUGCACACCAUGUCCCGGAGGCUCUGUAACCUUCGCUUCUAAGAGUACGAGUGUUGAGGACUGCCAGGCUCCGUGUCCUCCAGGCACAUUCUCCAGGACCGGGCUUGGAACAUGUCGUGCCUGCCCUCCGGGAACGUACCAGGACAAAUACCAGCAGGUGCAGUGCAAAAUGUGCCCGGAAGGAUCAUCGAGCGAGGCCUAUGGCAGUGAUCGGAUCACCGAUUGCAAAAAGUACUGUGAGCCCGGAACGUACUCGGAGAGUGGCAUAGAACCCUGCGCGCCAUGCAAGAGGGGAUUUUACCAGGAGAUGAGUGGUCGGAAAUCAUGCGCCGAGUGCCCAGUUCCAAAGACAAACCUCCACGAAGGAUCGCACUCGAGCUACGAUUGCGUCGAAAUUAACCAUUGCGCUUCUAACCCAUGCUUUAAUGGAACAUGCGUCACUCGCCAGCACGACUUCAUUUGUAGGCACGACUGAGAGAACAACGCAACAGAAAUGCAACAAGUCAAAAUGCGAAGUGAUUUAUGUCAAGAGACGACGCACGUCUUGCAAUAAAAGCGGCCAAAGUGGCUGCCUUAUGU